GUAGUUAUCCAACAUUCCUUUUACUAUUAUUUGGCUCUCAGACUUCGGUAUUUGCCUCGGCCUUAGGUUUUAAUCGCGGCUGCACCCCUGACUAUCGCCUUUGCCGUUGCUGGCCGUCGUCGCUGUCGGCUCUCAGUCCUCAGACCCUGUCCUCUUCACUCUGUUUUAGGCCUUCUCUCUUCCAGCGCGGUGGUUCUCUGUUGAAUUUUUUUGAAUAGCUAUUCCUUCCUAGAGGAAAGAAACUAUCAUAGUCUGGAUAUUGAUUUCAAAAGUCUUUAUUUUGCUUUUAAGAUUUUCAAUCAUGUCUUGGUGCACAAUCGAGUCAGAUCCAGGCGUAUUUACAGAACUUAUACAACAAAUGCAAGUGAAAGGAGUACAGGUUGAGGAGUUGUAUUCAUUGGACCUUGACUCACUCAACAGCCUUAGGCCUGUUUAUGGGUUGAUUUUUCUUUUCAAAUGGCGUCCAGGAGAAAAGGAUGACCGUGUCGUUAUCAAAGAUCCCAAUCCUAACUUGUUUUUUGCUAGCCAGGUAAUAAAUAAUGCUUGUGCAACACAAGCGAUCUUGUCUAUCCUUAUGAAUACACCAGAUAUUGACAUUGGACCAGAGUUGUCAAAAUUGAAAGAAUUUACCAAGAACUUCCCUCCUGAGCUGAAAGGAUUGGCUAUCAAUAACAGUGAAGCUAUUCGUACAGCCCAUAAUAGCUUUGCAAGGCCCGAACCUUUUGUCCCUGAUGAGCAGAAGGUUGCCGGGAAAGAUGACGAUGUUUACCAUUUUAUAAGUUACCUACCGGUGGAUGGGGUCCUCUAUGAGCUUGAUGGAUUAAAGGAGGGUCCCAUUAGCCUUGGUCAGUGCUCUGGCGGUCAAGGUGAUAUGGACUGGCUGAAGAUGGUGCAACCAGUGAUCCAGGAACGUAUUGAUAGGUAUUCCCAAAGUGAGAUAAGAUUUAAUCUCAUGGCAAUUAUCAAGAACAGGAAGGAGAUGUAUACGGCUGAACUGAAGGAGCUUCAGAAGAGGAGGGAGCGCAUCUUGCAGCAGCUGGCUGCAUCAAAAUCAGAGAGACUGAUGGAAAAUAGCAAUUACGAGGCCCUGAACAAUUCUCUCUCUGAAGUGAAUGCGGGGAUUGAAGCUGCUACUGAGAAGAUAUUGAUGGAGGAAGAAAAAUUCAAAAAAUGGAGAACUGAGAAUAUCCGCAGGAAGCACAACUAUAUACCCUUUCUGUUUAACUUUCUGAAGAUCCUUGCUGAGAAGAAGCAAUUAAAGCCGCUCAUUGAGAAGGCCAAGCAAAAAACAAGCAGCUCUCGGUGAAGAAUGUGGUCCAGUACUAGUAGUGAUACAGCCAUUUAUGUGUUCACAUUUUCUUAUUGUAAUCUGGUUUGAAUCUAAGAUUGUACCUGUUGUAUUAUGUUGCACCGGGUUUUCAUGGUUCAAGUAGUGCAUUGAGUAUGCAAAUUAACUGGGGUUUCAAGGAAUAAUUUCCUAUUACCGCUUA